UGAUUUUUGAAGCGAUGAAGCAGCGUGAAAGGGUCACUUAUGGAGCAGGUGUCUGUUAAGAGACAAAGCGCGGCGGAUCAGCUGGGGUCGACGUCGAAGGUUUGCUUCGUCAGCUGUAUCCGUCUAUAGCAACCAUCGCCAUCUCAAUAACUUUCCAACAACGAUCGAUUCAAGGAGGUUAUAAAAGGAUGACAGGCGAGAACUUCGCGUUUUGUUUCUCGAAAAUGUACGGCACGACUCACGGCAGCUUUCCAAAGAAACAAAAGCCGAGCGGCGCGGCUGGAUAUUUGGCGCGUCCAAAAUUGGGAGCCUAUCGCUCGCUCUACCCGCUCAAGAGUCUGCGGCCCAGCACCGGCUACAACUAUGAAAAACGGAAAAAAGCCAGAAAGUCAAAUGAGUCGAAAAUGGAGUAUCGAAGACGGCCGGAUUACGCGGACACGGCGUACCGCGAGGCCGUUUCUCGCUUGAAGGUGCUGCUCGCCGACAGCUACGCGCCCAUCAAGCGGCCGAUCAGAGAAUUGGACAGCGCCGGCGAGGAGACGGACAAUCAGUCGCUGAUGAGCGGUGCCAGUCGAAAUUCCAGACCGAGCCAUUUGCAUUACAGAUACAGCCCGUCGAUACCCAAGAGGUACCCCUACUACACCCCCUCGAGGACCGCCACCGUUGAACCGGACAAAUCACUCUUAACCGAUACCAAAUGGGAGCAUCCGGAUUUCCCUACGUUCGUUGAGCGGCAAGAGGACUACAUCGACCAGCUCGAGAAAGAGUCGAAGUUCUGCAGGGACGAACUGGCAACGUUGCUGCGAAAGGUGAAGGAUGUCAUAUCGGAAAACGAAGAUCUGCACGAGAAGCAAAAGUCUUCGCUGAUCAAGUCGGUGUUCAAUCGGCUCGAAAGCGAGACUGAAACCGAAACGGAAUCGGACAUAAAAAAAUGCACAUACAAGUCUCCAAAACGCUCCCGGCGGCACAUCGCGCUCGAAGGGCCGACGAUCGUCUUUGAAUCGCGCAUAUCCGAACUCGAGGCGCAGCUCACCCAGGCCAAGAUCGAUCUGCGCAAGUCGAUCGACGAGAACGAGUCGUUCAAAAGAAAACUGGCCGACGGUAGUCUGUCCGACGGCGCGGGCCUAGACACGCACAGAAAGCAAAUCGAAAGUCUGCAAAGGGACAAGGGCGUCCUGCAGGACACGGUCGCGAAGCUACAGAGCGUCCUCGCGCAGUUCAAAGAUCAGGAGAACAUAUCGUGCGAUCAGAUCAAGCGCAGCCUGGACGCGGCCGAGCAGGCGCAGUACGAGAAGAACGCCGCCGAGCUCGAGAUCCGUCGGCUGAAGGACGAGCUCGAGCGGCAGCACGGAAAGCUGCGCGACGCGAUCGGCGAGCACAGCCGGCGAAUAUCGGACGAGCGAUCGGCGAUGGAGCGACGCUACGCGCAGCAGAUCGAUCAGCUGACGACGGACCUGGGCGUCCAAUGGGAGACGACCAGUAAGGUGCAGCUCGAGCUCGAGAAGCAGAGGAGGGACAAUUCGGAUUUGCGACGGGAACUCGCGCAGAAGCAGGCGUAUGUUGACGAGCUGAAGAAGGAGAUGCACUCGAAGAUUUCCACCAUGCAGUCCGAUAUUGGGCUGAGCGGCGCGGAGAAGAGCGCCCUCGAGCAACAGAUCGCUACGCAACAGUUGUCGAAUGAGAGGAUCGAGAGGCAAAAUCGGCAGGAGGUCGCUAGGUUGCAGGCCGAGUUGCAGUCGCUGAGGCAGCGGCUCGACAGGUCCGAUGCAGAUCUCAUUCACAGUCGAAGGGAGAACAUCAGGUUGAGCGAGCAGAUCGCCUCGCUUGAGAAGGAGAUUAAUUUAAACGUGGCACUAUCGGAAGAGAGAGGCAAACGUGGAGGCGGUAGUGGUGGUGGUGGUGACAUAAUUGCGUUACCAGCGCCGUCCGCCCGAGACGAUCGAGAGAAAGAGCUGUCGACGAUGGUCAAAGAUAUGGAGACCAAGCAUGCGGCCACUGUGGCCGAAUUGGAGACUAUGAUCCACUCGCAGAAUCAACUCAUGGACAAACUCACUGGCGAAUGUCAAGCCCUCACUGUCAAACUAGAGGAUGCCAGCACAAGGCACAAGGAGGAAAUACGGGAACUACAAGCUAACUUAGAUUAUUUAAGUACAAGAGUUAAUCAUACACAAAGUAAUAAUAAUAAACUGCCAUCUCAAUAUGAAGAUGAGACGCAUAAUAUCCCAAGCACUCAAAGAACCAUUCAGCACCAACAACCAAACGCACCAAACCAACCAGUGAGUUACAAUCGGACACCGCCGCCGAACAAAAUCCUAAGCCGCACCAGCAGCAACGCGUCACUAAAGCAAACCACCCCCCCAAGACGAAAACCGUCGAUCGCCCCAACCCCAGCGCCGACCGCCGAGGAACCGCCCGCGCCAACGCAACCGGACAUCGACGCCAACCAGUUUUACCCCGAGGAUCCCAAUCAGUACAUGAACGAUCCGAACUACGCGUACGACCCACAGUACCAAGCGCAGUACGAUCAGGCCGGUUACGAGCAGUACGAAAACGAUCUCGUUUACGGCGGCGCGGAUCCCAAUCAGCAGUACGAUCCCAAUCAGCAGUACGAUCCCAAUCAACAGUACGAUCCCAAUCAACAGUACGACCCCAAUCAGCAGUACGAUCCCAAUCAGAUGUACGUGGGCGACGUUUACGCGACCGAUCCGAACGCGCAGCAGCCGCAGCAACAGCAGCAGCAGCAGGCGGUCUACGAGGAAACGAAAACCGAACAGCCGCCGCCAGCAAAACAGGACGAGGAAAAGAAAACCUAGGUGAUACGUAGUCAUUUUUCCCUUCUCGAACUUUCAAUCGCUUAGGGUUGUGUUAAAUAUUGUAACUCUCUACGCACGUUUUUAUGUAAAUUGUUUGUAUCUAAAUGUACCUAUAAUAAACAAGUGUCCAAAGCGCUUG